AUGAUUAGAUAUUUACGAUAUCUCAAGAAUAAAAUAAUGGAUAAACCAAAACAGUUACCAAUAAUAAGUAUAGUAGGAACAACGGGAGUUGGUAAAUCUCAAUUUUCAAUAGAUUUAGCAAAAGCCAUAAAUGGAGAAAUUAUAAAUGCGGAUUCAAUGCAAGUAUAUAAAUCAUUACCUCAAAUCACGAAUAAACAUCCAAUUGAAGAACGAGAAGGUGUUCCCCAUCACGUAAUGGAUCACGUUAAAUGGGAUGAGAAUUAUUAUAUCCAUAGAUUUGAAAUGGAGGCAAAAAAAGCAAUUGAGGAUAUUCAUUCAAGAAAUAAAAUUCCAAUAAUUAUUGGAGGUACUCAUUAUUAUCUCAACACUUUAAUAUUUGAUAAUAAAACAAUUGGAGAAAAGAAGGAAGAGAGAGAAUUGACAAGGGAGGAAUUGGAGGUGUUAGAUGGCCCAGUAGAGAAUUUAUUUCAAGUUUUAUCAUCAAUUGAUCCACUAAUAGCAUCUAAAUUUCAUCCACAAGAUCAAAGAAAACUAAGAAGGGCAUUAGAGAUAUAUUACACUACUGGAGAAAAACCAAGCUUUCUAUAUCAGGAGCAAAAAUUGGAUGAAUUGGAGAAAAGUUCCUUGAAAUAUAAUACAUUGAUUUAUUGGAUUUAUUGUGAAUCAGAUAUUUUAAAACCUAGAUUGGAUAAACGAGUAGAUAAAAUGUUUGAAAGCGGAGCAUUGGAAGAAAUUAAAGAAUUAUAUACUCAUUAUACUGGACAAGAUUGUACUCAUGGAAUAUUUCAAGUAAUUGGAUUUAAAGAAUUUCUACCAUGGUUGGAGAAACAAGAUCAUGAGAAAUUGUUUCUUGACUGUGUGGAUAGAAUGAAAAUAAGGACUCGUCAAUAUGCCAAAUAUCAAAAUAAAUGGAUUAGAAAAUUACUCAUACCUGAAUUGAAAAAAGAAGAACGAUUUAAUUGGAUAAAUGGUGGAAAAAUAUACUUGUUAAAUGCCUCUAAUUUAGACAAUUGGAAUGAGAAUGUAAAAGAUAGAGGUAUUGAAAUUGCUGAAAAAUUUUUAAAAAGAGAAGAAAUUGACACUGAACAAUCACCAUCUCCUGAAUUAUCAUAUUUAAUUAAUGAAUCAGAGACAAAUAAUCGUGCUGUUGAUUCUCAUUUGAAUUGGAAGCAUUAUACUUGUGACAUUUGCAAAGAUAAGUCGAAUAAUAGUUUUGUUGCUGUUGGUGAAGAAAAUUGGAUUUUACAUCAACAGUCAAAAAGACAUAAAAGAAACGUCAAUUAUGAGAAAAUAACAGAAGAAAGAGAGAUGUAUAAGAAGUUGAAACAGGAAAAGAGACAGAAACUAGAAGAAACUAAGGAUGAGAAUCAGCAAAAAAACGUAGAAGAGAAACCACAAAAUGCAGGUGAGACUGAUAAACAAGAAGAAUUAAAGAGUUGA